AUGCAAUACACAUCCACAAUCCUCAUGGCCAUCAGCCUAAUCACCUCCGUCUCAGCCCACGGUCGUAUCCUCUCUCCUACACCCCGAGCCCCAGGUCCGGCCAUGACAUCCGCCUGCGGCCAACAAGUCGAAAUCAACCAAGCUUCUGAUCCCAACGGCAACAUCCAAGGCAUGCUCCAAGUAGCCAAUUCCCAAAAAGAUUACAACGCCGCCGAAUGUAACAUCUGGCAAUGCAAAGGCUACAAAUACGCCGACAACAAGGAUAAAGUGCAGAGUUGGACCGCGGGCCAAGUCGUCCCCUUUCAAUUCGAUGUAGUGGCUCCUCAUACGGGAACAGCUAAUAUCUCAAUUGUUUCAACGGCUGAUAAUAAGGUUCUUAAACAAUUAUUGUAUUACGAUGUUUUCGCAUCGACUGCGACGGGUGUAAAACCCAAUCAAACUUCCUUCAGCAUUACGAUUCCAACGGAUCUAGGUGAUCAAUGUGCUGUUGCUGGUGCAUGCGUGGUACAGCAUUUCUGGGAUGCACGAUCUAUCGACCAAACCUACGAAUCGUGCGUUGAUUUUACCGUCGGAGGUACAGGUACAGGUUCAGGUUCAAGCUCAAGCACGGGUUCUGCUUCUGCAUCCGCCGGUUCUUCCGCCGCAGUAUCCAGUAUUGCAGCUCCAGCUUCUUCUUCCGUACCUAUUGUAGCAUCUUCCGUUUCUUCCGUUGCUGCUAUCGCUACUUCGGCUGCGGCUUCGAGUUCGAUCCCCGUUUUGACUACUUCGUUUGCGCCGCUUCCUACGACGCUUGUUACGAUGACGAGGGCUAGUACUACUUCUAGUGCUGUGGCUGUGGCUACUUCUGCGGCCGGGGUGGAGGAUGAUGAUACUUGUGAUGCGUAG